UUGGAUAUAUGACAUCUGUCAUUUUGCAUUUGAGUUCUUCUUCUUGCUUUAUUAUAAGUUGAAUUUAAAACAUUUAAUAAGGAAUUGUAAAUAUUAAGAAACAAUAUAAAAUUACUAUAAAAUGUCUGUAACCCUCCAUACAGAUGCUGGUGACAUGAAAAUUGAAUUAUUCUGCGAUGAUUGUCCAAAAGCCUGCGAGAAUUUCUUGGCGCUCUGUGCGAGCGAUUACUACAAUGGUUGUGUAUUUUUAAGGAACAUCAAAGGAUUCAUGGUUCAAACAGGUGAUCCAACGAAUACUGGCAAAGGUGGCACGUCUAUUUGGGGUUCGAAAUUUGAAGAUGAAUUUAAAGAUUCCCUAAAGCAUUCUGAUCGAGGAAUUGUUUCGAUGGCCAAUAAUGGACCGAAUUCAAAUGGUAGUCAAUUCUUUAUCACAUAUGCAGCCCAACCAAAUUUAGACUUGAAGUACACAGUUUUUGGAAGGGUUAUAGACGGCUUUGAUGUACUUGAUGAACUGGAAAAACUUACAGUCAAUCCUAAAAACUACCGACCACAUGCAGAAAGAAAAAUAAACAGCAUAACAAUGCAUGCAAACCCUAUUGCCAAUGCCCAAGCAGGGAACUAAAUGUUUAUAAUAAAACUUUAUUUUGAAAAAAGGUC